AUGGGGCUUGACACCACUAAUAUACAAUUUAAAGAUUUAUUUAGGCUAUCCAUAAAUAACUUAAUGAAGGAGCCCGUGGUGAAAAUAGGGCUUAAUAUUUCUCGUAUAAUAUGGAAAUUUAUUCAAAGAGGGUCAAAUAUUAACGACGGAAUUAGACCCCAUAAUGACGGCAUACUUACAGUUCAAUGA